CCCUGCGACUGACUGGCGACCAGUUCAGAGUGUAGUCCGCCUUUCGCAAUAAGAACGUGUGUGAUUUUGAAAAGAACCGGAAGUAGUACAUUGUUAGCAUUGCAUUGUUGCCAACCUGACAGCGGUAGUGGUCUAUGUGAUGGAGAGUGCAUUGAGAAGCGUUCUUCCCAGAGGGGUGGGGGGAUACAAACGCACACCCUCCACCUGCUAUUCCUGUUUGGACCAUGAGGGUCGGCUACUACAAUAGUCCGCCGCCUUGUUUAUGCGCUUUUUCAUUCAUUGAAUACUGAAGCGGGAUUAUGCGAGGACUCAACGCUCCCUAACAUCUGUUUUUUUGUUUAGCUAGUUGAGACUCGCUAACAUCCUCGACAAGCGGGCUUCAUCUAAAUCCAUCUUCCAAGAGCAGAGACCGAACAAAUACAAUACGCAUUUAGAUUCAGAGUCUGGUGACGAGUCGACGACAAGCGACUGGGUGCGUGAAGCGGGCUGACUCGGGAGCAAAUUCAAGAGACCGGCUGAAGAAAACACCUUUGGGUGAUUUAUAAUCCCCCCCCACCCCUAAAAAAACAAAUCAUCCCUGGAGGAGCAUCUGCUACAGUAAGAUUCUCCAUGGAAGAAAAAUCUUGCCUCCUAUCAGAUGUGGUUGGAUUCCAAAACACACAGAUGAUCAGAAAUGGAAUGAACAAUUUCCUCCUUACUUGAAAUCUGUGUGUCGUCCAGGUUAGACACAAACGUUCCAAAAAUUACAAAUGACUUGGUGUGGGGAGUGAGUUCAGCAGUCUUUCAAGGGCAUCCAAUUCACGAACUGGAGCUACCAGUGAGCAUAAAAGGUACCGCUGCAGUGGUGCUGCCUUUCAAAGGCAGCUUAGCAGGUUAGCAUCAACGGUCUUCCUUGCAAGUGUAUCCCUGCCAGCCACACAUUCACACAAUUCAAUCAAUGCAACCGGCAGACGGUGCACUAACCCUAGCGCGCACACAUUCGAUCAAAGGCACAAAGUCGCACGCGUCCACAUGUAUACAGUCUGUGGCUAGCAGGACAGAUGCUACACCCACCCUCCCGCCUAUGGUCCCCUCAAAGCCAGCUGGGGAGAAGAUGAGAUUUAGGAUUUAUUGGUUCGGUCGUCUUUUUUUUUCUCCAUCGUACCCUCGCCGCCUCACUCCCCCCGGCCUGGCCCUGUCACCCUGCGGCCAAGUCCUUCCUUUAAACAUCAUCAUGGGUUCUCUCUUUUAUAAAUAAACCACAAAAAUCCUUGAAUUGAGUCUUACGGACUAGUUUCUGGACUUUACUGCAAUCAGAACUCUGCAAUUACAUUACUGACAUCCGAAUGGUGUUUACUGGAGGUUUAUCUUUACCCCAAGAACGUUUGUGUCUCAAACCCCAGAGCAGGAUCACCACAAUUGCUAAUUCUCCAAGCAGAGAUGCUUGUGUGAAGCACUGAAAGAAAAGAGUGAACGAGGAAAACAGGCAUAAGCAGUCAGUAAGUACAAUGGAAGCAAGUAGGGCAGGAGUAAAUAAAGAGGAGCAAGAUGACGACAAGGUAAUAUUUGUCUAGAAUGGCACGAGAUGUGACAGAAUACCCUUCAGGCUGGACCUCCUCCCUUUUACUGCCCCUCCUCCUGCAUUCAUCUCUCCCUCUCUCUCUGCUGCGCUCAACUCGAGUGCAAGCUAUCCUGGGCGCUGACUACAGUGCAACGAAAGACACGGGGAAAGAGAAAGCAGAGUGCUUGAGCCGAGCCUGCACAGCUGGUAGAGAGGAGUACGACGACGACGACCUGCUGCAUCUACCCUCGCUCGUCGCUGGAUUGGCAUUGAAAGGAAGAAAAAAGGAAUGCAACGAGAGGGAUGGACAUAAAGAAAUGAGAGGACAUGAGGGGACGUCAGGGUAAAGAUAAGGAUACGAAAGCUGAUGUAGCGUCAGUGGAAAAGAAAAGGAAUAUCUCAGACCGCAGCUGUGUGUAAUUCAACGGCAACUUCAUUGUGUGAGGCAAGCACAUAUUUGUGGAGGGGCAAGCGUAGGAAGAUCACCAAGUGCACAGCUUGUGUGGGACAAAUAGACUUUGACGCUUUGUCUUGUGUGUAUUUACUUAAAUGAUAGUGUGUGCAACCUCGUAGUCCGCAGCGAUAAACGGGAGGUUGGCCCAAUCAGGCUCACCAGGCCUUGGUGGCUGGUACGGGCAAGAACCAUAGGAAAAGCAUAGGAGGGGUACAGUGGCAGGCCCAGGGGUGGGGGCAUGGCCAUGGGGGGCCCGCAUCCCUUCCUCCGCCCUGCACCGGGACAGGCGCUGGGGGUUUUGGGGUGGGGGUCCUUUCAGGGGUGCACCAAGACUCUCAGAGCUCAGGCCUUGGCUAGGUAGAGCAGCCCCUGGGAUGGGGGGCUCAGGUAGUGUGGAAGGUUGCGGAGCGGAGAAAGCAAGGCGGGCAAGAUGUCCUCGAAGAGUCUGGGUUAUACUUGGCUCGCUGGUUCUCGUCUUUCUCACCUCGCUCUUCUUCUCCAUCUCAUUACGGGGUGGAGUCAGCUUCAAUUACCUGGAACCGCCCGGCUGGGAGGAUUCUCGGCGGGUGAAGCUGGUGCCCAGCUACGUAGGCUCAUACAGACAGCCCCCCUCUGAUUCUCAGCAACAGCAAACAUGCGCCUGCCCUCGUUGUGUGGGAGAUCCCGGUGUCUCGGAUUGGUUUGAUGACAACUACGACCCAGAUAUCUCACCUGUUUGGACCAGAGACAACAUCCAGCUGUCCUCUGAUGUCUACUACUGGUGGGUGAUGUUGCAGCCCCAGUUUAAACCCCACAGCAUCCAGCAGGCGCUGCUUAAGUUGUUCCAGGUUAUUCCUGGACGAUCCCCGUAUGGCUCAUGGGAUCCGGGACGAUGCCUACGGUGCGCCGUAGUGGGGAAUUCUGGAAACCUGCGCGGGGCUGGAUACGGGGCGACCAUAGACGGACACAACUACAUCAUGAGGAUAAACUUGGCCCCCACGGUGGGCUACGAGGAAGAUGCCGGCAGCCGCGCCACUCACCACUUCAUGUAUCCCGAGAGCGCCAAGAACCUGGCGGCCAACGUCAGCUUUGUCCUCGUUCCUUUUAAAACACUGGAUCUCGUUUGGAUCACCAGCGCGCUGUCUACCGGCCAGAUCCGAUUCACCUACGCGCCAGUGAAGCAGUUUCUCCGUGUGGAUAAAGAUAAGGUCCAAAUCUUCAACCCAGCAUUCUUCAAAUACAUUCACGAUCACUGGACGAGGCAUCAUGGUCGCUACCCAUCCACAGGCAUGCUAGUGCUCUUCUUCGCCCUGCACGUCUGCGAUGAGGUAAACGUGUUUGGAUUCGGGGCAGAUGGCCGUGGAAACUGGCACCACUACUGGGAGCAGAACCGCUACGCUGGAGAGUUUCGAAAGACGGGGGUCCACGAUGCAGAUUUUGAAGCUCAGAUCAUUCAACGACUGUCUGAGGCUGGAAAAAUCACUGUCUACCCAGGGAAAUAAAUCAACUCCGGGAAACAGGUUCAGCCAGAGAUAGUGUGUUAAGUUUGGGUUUUUCAUCCAAUGGCCAAGUCCUCCUAAAAGGGAUACGAAAAGGUCAUUGAUGUGUCCCAUCACAUCACAUUCAAGCCCUCUAGCUAGUAACUAAAUGUUUGGAUGUGGACCGGCGCCGAAAAUGUGGCAACAUAUCAAUCCGAGUGAGGUUCCGCUCACACGGUGAUGGGGAGGGGAGGGGAGGGGAGGGGAGGGCCUCAGGGUUUCACCUCUUAUGCUAAGAGCUGAGACUCAUAUUCACAAACUUCCAACUCAGGAGUGAAAACUAACAGUGACGAUGAGCGGUACCGAGCUUGGCAUUGAGAGCGCUCGAGAGGGAAUCGUCACAUUCUCUCACGUACUCUAUCAAUCUAAUCCACCACCUUUUUUAGUGAUACACAUUGCCUUGGGCAGGAAACGGCACCAUCAGCAGUCUUGAGGACCUCUUUGUUUCCAAUAGCAACAAACUACGGAGCUCUGGAUGUUGACCGACACACAGUGCAACACUGUAGGCGUGCAGACAGACAGACAGACAGACAGUAGUGACUCACCGCACACCAACUGAAGCGCUCGGCGAGAUUUUCCAUUUCUAACAUAAAGAUCUCAUCACGAGAGGCAUUCCCCGUUGUGGUAAGGAAACAGUUCUUCUUGAAUCCCUUACAGGGAUGACUGCUGUGUCGCGGAAGAAAGUUUCAGUAGGUGAUUAGUGGGAGUCGAUGGAACGAUUCUCCUGGAAUCCCCACACAGUGACUGCACGUUUGGACGGCUGCACGCUGGACUCAAAUCAGAUGUUUAAUCAUCCCCGUGUGCCGUGUCCCGGUCUAAUUUAAGAGCCAAAGCGCGACAAAGCCGGCGGGGCGCGCGCCAUUUGGUCCGGGUCUGUGUGGUAUUGCAAGUUCUGCUGCGAUGUAAGGCUCUCGGCGAGCUGUGCUGCAUUUGAUGUUUGACAGAUGUUUGCAAACACUCCAAAACCUACUGAUUAGUGCCCGUGUGAUUGGUGGAAGAACGCUGGAAACCACAUGGAUGUGAGAUCAUUGAACACGAUAGCUUCAUCUACUGCUCGUCCUGGUAAACUUUCGCUGUCUGUUCGAGGAGUACAGCGCCACCACACGCCUUAGAAAUCACCAAUCCCUUCCGUUUGUCAUGACUAUGUCAUAUUCACUGCUGCAGAAUGUUUUAAUUUGAUUGUGUUCUAUAGUUUGCAACUGUUGCUGCACCCUCAAAGGACGUUCACUUUAUCGCUGCCUUGGUGAUCCCUAAAAUAUUUCGAUUUUGAGGAAAGAAAUAUGCUGCGAGUGGCUGGCGACCAGUUCGCCCAGGGUCAGCUGGGAUAGGCUACAGUAGGCCUGCGACCUUCGUGAGGGUAACGGAUGGAAGGAAAGAAGUAUCACAUUAAGGGUACAUUUGGGGGAAUUCUUUCAUUUUUUGUUGAGGAGCUACAGAAAAAAGGAUGAAUAGAACUCUCGUAACUGUCUGUUCAAUUUAUAAGCCUAACCCCAAAGAACGUUUCCCUGCAAACUGAAGUUACCUGCCCACAGUGUUCAAAUGAUGAUGCGUGUUUGGGCUUUAGAUUUGUAGUUGGAAUACAAACAUAAGAAUGGUAUAAAUCACAGAUACUCACCAGGCACUUUGUUCGGCCCACCAUCACAACUAAAUGCAAUGCAAUGCAAUACAGAAGCUACAUUAACAUUGUGACUAUAUAAGACAAAAUGUUGCCAACAUGUUAAAAGCAGCUUUCAGUAUGAUGCAGUGCAGUUCUACUCACUACAACCACAAUAUCAACAUAUUGUUGAAGGAAUACAUGACUGGCUGGUGAGUGUCGAUAUUGAACUCAUUUCCACAAUGAACACAAAACUAUCAUGAAUGGCAUGCCUAAAAAAAGGAAAUAAUGUUUGGACUUGAUAUAUGGCCCCCCGAGUAUAUGAAUAGUUAGGUUAGAGGCUGAUGAGAACGUUUGAGAUGAUUUGACCGAGAGGAGAAAACAACACAUAAGAAGACUCCUUUUGAAAUAAUGAGAAUAAGUCCAAUAAUUGAAGAGAAUAGGAGAUCAUGUUGCUUUGCUAGCAGAUUUUAAGGCCUACCAAAAAAAAGCUCCAAAAUGUAUCAGAAAAGUUCCAGCUCAUAGCUCUCAGCAUGUCCCUGUGGUGGUGGUGCUACUUCCGCUUCAUUUCUCAAAGAUAAUGAUGAUCUUUUAGAGCAGCUUUGGGCAAAGUCUGGCCUGUGGGCUACGUACGGCCCAUCCAGCAUUUGCAUAUUUUACAUCAUCGGCAAUUGCACAAGCUAAUACAAAUAUAUGCCUUCAAUUGAUUCUUCUCAUUAAGUAAUUGGUUGUCUGAUUUAUCGUAAAUAUUUAAAAGAUAGUAGUUCUACGUAUUUAAUCUUGAAUAGUUGUUUAAUUAAUUACAGUUCAAUAAUUAUAAAUAAGGCCAGUUCUUUGUUUUCCUUUUGGCUAAAAAUCAGAAUUAUUUGAAUGUUAAAAAAAAAGCUGUAUUGAAUACACUAUGUAUUUUUUUUUUUUUUUUUUAAAUGUUAAAAACACAUUUUCAUAAUUUUUUGUUUUAUUUUUUUUUAAUCUCAUCUACGGAUGGCCAGGCCUAUCUGUCCCUCUUAAAACAAAAUCUAAUUUCCCAACCCCGUUUUAAGCUGUAGCAUAUAUUUGUUUCCAUUUGCUGGCGAAGGAAGAAGUACUUGUUGUCAUAGCGAUGAGAGCUGAGGAGCCUGACUGCGCCCAACCGGUCAUCAGAAGAACUCUCCCUCCUCUGCUAAUAUCAGCUCUGUGUGCACAUGCUUGUCUUUUAUCUUUCUGUCCGUCAAUUCUCAUCAUCUUUGCACAUGACAGCUUUUACAAAUUGUAUUGGAUUUUUCGGGACAAGAGUGCUUGAAUGAGUGCGAGCACUUUUCGCUGACUGCUGUAUGUUUGCUGGCUGUGAGCUGUGCCUUCUGAGUUGGAUACAGUCAGCACAUACAAAAACAUUCACCUCUGACAACUUCUUUUUUUUAAAGUUAGCCACAGGACAAAAAGAAGAGGUUUUAGGCUAGCGAUAUGUGUAAUUCAUUGCCACCUUUUAUUGGAAUUGCGUGCAUUUACGAUGUGACAGGAACAAUACUUACCUUGUUUUACAUAUCAUAUAUAUUUGUCCACUAGUGACUCAAUAAACAAUAUGACAUAUUCAAGGACCAGGCAUGCCUUUUAUUUCUUGCUAAUAUCAAUAUACAGUGGAUGUUAAAAGUCAACACUCCCCUACUAAAAAAUCUGAGACUAAAAAACCUAAUAGGCUUCAUACACACUUUGUUUUUUUUUUUUAUGUUUAACAAAUUUCAUGGAAGAAAGAUAUGUGGUUGCCCAAGUAUUCGUUUUCAAGUUACAGUGAAUUACUUUGACUAAUGUCUUCUUUCGGUUAUGAGCAUGGCACAUACUUGGUAAUAAUUAUUAUUAUUAUCAUUAUUUAUUUGCUCCAAAUGCAAAAUAUUUGCACGAUCUUGAGGGCUUCACUUGCCUACAGAAUUGCAAGUCGAAUUAAGUUCAGGCUCUGGCAAAACUAGUCCAUUUAGUUGUCCCGUGUCUCGGUCAUUUUGGACUACCAGUAUGCCCAAAAUCUUUUCAAAGAUUGAAAAGUUUUAAUCUUGUCUGCAGAUUUGGAGGGAUAGAUAUCCUCGGCCUUAGUAACUCCUUUUAGCAAACUUCUUACUCAUAAUGUUUUUUUUUAUGGUUUUGCUUUAUUAGUUAUUUUAAAGUUACACCAAAACACAACGGGUUAGUCGAGUAGAAAUGGGCGAUGGCUCAUCUUUCAUCCUUCCUGCACACUCAGUCUUGCACUGUACUUGUUAUCACUCUUUGUAUCUUCGGCUGUAAAAAUAAAAGCUUCUUGAAAUUUC